CAAAGUUGAAAUCAAAAUCGCGGUUCACUUCUCUAUAAACGAGGAUUUGUUUCCCUUUUCUCUCCGUUUCUCAGCAGUUUUUUUCAAACAUUGCCGGUUUUUGUUUUCUUGUUUCUGUGCGUGUGGCAGAGUAUCCAGCUUUUCUCUUUCCUUGUAACCCACACUUUUACAAAACUCCUCCUGCACUUCACAGAAUCGAAAGUAGCACUUCUUCUUCUUCACAAUUCAUACACCGUACCAAUCAAUUAACCAAAGCUUCUCCUAUUUUCAAAGGUCUGCUGCAUUUCUCAGAGGUUCUCAGAGAGUUUCCAUCUGGGUUUCAUUCAUGGAAGCUUCAUCACCCAUCUCAAUUCAACAAACGCCUCUCCAAGACCAUCUACCUGAGGCCUCCCCGAAACCUUACAAGAAAAGCUUCGUUACCACUCUAAUGGAGGCCACCGCUCUUCGCUCUCCUUCCUUCAAGGAAGACACCUAUUUUAUCUCCCAUCUCAAAUCCUCCGAGAAGAAAGCUCUGCAAGACUUGAGGGAUAAACUCUCCGCCUCUUAUGAUUCUGAUAGUGAGUGUUCCAUGUGGGGUAUUCCUCUUAUGAGUGGCGACGAGAAGGCUGACGUGAUACUGCUGAAGUUUCUGCGUGCUAGAGACUUUAGAGUCCCUGAUGCGCUUCGCAUGCUGGACAAAUGCUUAUCCUGGAGAAAAGAGUUUGGAGCAGACAGCAUCUGUGAGGAGGACUUGGGUUUCAAGGAGCUUGAAGGUGUUGUGGCUUACAUGCAUGGGUAUGACAGAGAGGGACACCCUGUUUGCUACAAUGCCUAUGGGGUCUUUAGAGACAAAGAAAUCUACGAGAGGAUAUUCGGAGAUGAAGAAAAGCUCAAAAAGUUCCUGAGAUGGAGAGUUCAGGUUCUGGAGAGAGGGAUUAAACUUCUGCAUUUUAAGCCUGGUGGAGUUAACUCUAUUAUUCAAGUGACUGAUCUCAAAGACAUGCCCAAAAGAGAGCUUAGGGUCGCUUCUAAUCAGAUCCUCUCUCUUUUUCAAGAUAAUUACCCUGAAAUGGUGGCUCGUAAGAUUUUCAUCAAUGCCCCAUGGUACUUCAGCUUGUUGUACUCGAUGUUUAGUCCAUUCCUAACUCAGCGAACUAAGAGUAAGUUCGUGAUCUCAAAGGAAGGAAAUGUUGCAGAGACUCUGUACAAAUUUAUAAGGCCUGAGGACAUUCCAGUUCAGUAUGGAGGACUAAAUCGACCCACCGAUAUGCAAAAUGGCCCACCUAAACUGGCAUCCGAGUUUACUGUAAAAGGAGGAGAGAAAGUGAACAUUCAGAUCGAAGGGAUUGAGGGUGGUGCAACAAUUACAUGGGACAUAGUGGUCGGAGGUUGGGACUUAGAGUACAGUGCAGAGUUCGUGCCAAGUGCAGAAGGGAGCUACACCAUUGCAGUGGAGAAAGCAAGGCAGGUGGCUCCCUCAGAAGAGGCAAUUCACAACUCUUUCACAUCAAGAGAAGCAGGGAAGCUGGUGCUCUCCGUGGACAACUCUGCCUCCAGGAGAAAAAAAGUCGCUGCCUAUCGAUACAUCGUCCGCAAAUCCACUGUUGUGUAGACUUGAUAGCUUGGCUUAACUCUAUAAUAAGACUAAUAUAGUUUUUUUUAAUGCUUUUUCUUUUCUUUAUUUUUGGGUUAUUUUUGAGAGGAUAAAUUAAUGCUUGUGAACUGUUUUUAGUCUACUAGUAUUUGAUAGUGUACUAAUGUAAUGUGUAAAGAUGGUGGCUGCUUCAUAGCUUUUAUAUUUGUAUGGAGUAUAAUAUAGAAGCAAAGCAAGUCUUAACCUUGCUAGUGCUAGUUCAUGUUUC